AUCGACGCAAAUGGAGAGAAGAAGUCGAAAUUAAAUCCCUCCAAGAUCCGAGCAUACAAGUAAUGGCCACCGGAUAACCCAGCCCCUCAAAAAAGAGCUCCAAACACCCUACCCCAACCAUGGACUUCCCCCCCAUCACCCCGUCCGCCUUCUUCUCUCCCUCCAAAGCCGCCGCCCAGCGCGCCCAAGCCAAAGACUGGCAUUUCAUCGACACCUGGCUUGCGGCCAGACGCCUCGGGACCGUGCAGUUCGAGCGGAAUGACGCGACGCUGAAAGCGCUGCUGGCUCUGAUGGGGGCGAGCGAGCGGGCGGAUGAGGAGCGGGAGUUGGUGUGGACGGUGGAGGCGGAGGCGGUGGAGGAGCUAAGGGAAAAGGUGAACGAACCGGAUUGGAUUGAUGCGUUGCUUGGGGAGGUGGGGAGUGCGAUGGAUGCGAGGUCGAGGCAGAUGUUGGAGUCGCUGUCGUCACUGAUGGUACAGUACGAUGCUACCGGAUACGAUGCUGAAAGCCUCGCCCACGCCAUCCUCUCGAAAUCCAUGCCCCCACCCCACGCCACCACCACCGCUUCCUCCCUCCUCCCCACCUUCACUGACACUACCAUCACCCGCCUCGCGCACACCCAAUCCACCCUCCCCACCCCCCACCCCGACCUCGCCACCCAGACCCUCGACCUCGCCCGCGCCACGAAGACCCUUCGCGCCAAGAUCGCCGAGUACACCGACCGGCUCGGGUCCGCGAGUCCCGCGAAGGGUGAGGAGGUGGGCGUGGAUGUGGUGGGGAGGGUGGUGGAGAGGGAGAGGGAGGUGGAAAGGUUGAGGGGGGAGGUGGAAAGGUUGGAGAGGGAGCGGGAGGCAUGGAAGGGGUUGCCUCGGGGGGUGGAGGAGGCGAGGAGGGAGGUGGGGAGGGUGGAGGGGGAGUUGGGGGAGUUGAGGGGGAGGAGGGAGGGGUUGUUUGCGAAAAUGGCCCGGUGAUGCGGUGGUGAUUUUAGGGAUGGGAUGGAAUUAGUGGAGUUAGGUGUUCUCCAUUACAUGGAGAGGUUCGGAUGGGCCUUUGGCGUUUAUGACUGGGUCGGGGAUAUAUAAUCUAGGACCCCUUGCACGAUCAUCGAAC